AUAGAGUUAUGUUAAUGUUUGCCUCAAAUGCAGUGUCACAAAAGGUUGAGGGCAACUAUUUCUCAAAUUCAGGAUCAAAUUACUCGGCGGACACUGUUCUCAGUCCACCCGCUGCUCCACAACGUCCGCCUCCAUUGUCUGAUCAGUCCAUCGAUGACUGGCAAAGACAGAUAACUCAAGAUUUCAAUUAUAUUUAUGACACUCUUCAACGAAAACAAGACAGUUUAGGCACUAAACAAAUAGGCAUUGAAUCCAAUGAACAAAUUGUUGAGCCCUUCGGACACUUAUCCGAUACCAAUAGUGAAGAGAUGUUAGUUAUGCCGUUCAGUGACCCCAAAGAGCCUAUGUAUCAGUCGAAUAGGGAGGAAGUAGUACUGAAACCCAUCGACUUUACUCUCGAGAUGCCGACUACAGUAUCUCAGCAUCAGUUCGAUGAACAACACGUCAACAUUCACUUCAAGACACCUAUCAAUCAAUUGAAAAUGGAUGACAUGAAUGGCGACGAACUUCAGAGAAGAAUCAAUGAUCAAACUUGGACU